AUGGCUCGUCAAGGUGAAGCUCAAUCCUCAAUUGUGGUCAAUCAGGAUGUCAGCUCUUCAGCCUAUUCGCGUCCAACACGCAAGCGCAAGCAGCUCGACAACAACGACGACCAGGACGAAGAUCAUGACUAUCCAGUGGAUACUCUAGCAACCUCAAUUAAGAAACAGAAAGCCUCUGAAGUCGAAUCUUCAGAGCCAAAUGUCCAGGCUCAAUCUACAAAUACCAUAAAAUGUUCGCCAAGGAAGGGUGGAAAGAAUGUUGGUGCAGUUGGUCUUGAAGUUGCCCAAGAGGAAAAACGAUUAAAGCGCUUCCGGCCUACAUCCAUUCAGAAAUAUGCAGAAGUUAAACACCGUGCCUUGACCCAGCGACUAACUGUCAUGGGCCGUGAGCGCAUGGGUACAGAGGAGAUUCCAGAGGAGCGAGUCACUAUUGCAGGGAGCACGGGGAACCUUUACACUGUGAGCAUUGCCCGCAUCUUAUCAUGCGAUUGCCCGCAUGCUAGUAAGGGUAACCAGUGCAAACACAUUAUCUAUGUGAUGCUCCACAUUCUCAAAGCUCCAGAAAACCUCAGCUGGCAAGCCGCAUUAUUGUCUUCAGAGCUCCGGUCAAUUUUUGCAGAGGCUCCUCCCAUUCCGACAGCGGAUGCGGAUGCGGACUCAAGUGAUGGGAACAGAAAACCAAUUGAGAAUGCAUGCCCAAUCUGCUACUACGAUUUUGAACCCAAGAGCGAGGCAAUCGUGUAUUGCAAGGCAGCCUGUGGCAACAACGUGCACAAAGAUUGUAUGUCUUCCUGGACAGCUGCUUGCAAGGGCAGACCUACUUGUCCAUAUUGCCGUGCUGCAUGGGCCAUGGACGAAGUCGUGGGUGGUGUCAAUCUCAAAGACGCCACUAUUGGGGAGGACGGGUACGUGAAUGUUGCAAGUCGACUUGGAUUGUCUGGUGAACGCGAUUACUCGACAUAUCACCAACCCUGGGUGAGGCAGCAGUUUCGGGGACGCCGUAAAUACCGAUAA